GGCUGAAAAUGCUGCCUCCAACACUAAUCUGCUGCUUCUCCCUCUACUCCUUCGGCCUUUUUUUCUUCAGGUGCUUUGGUCAAAUUGAGUUGCGGAGAUGGCUGGUGGCGGAAAAGGCAAGAAGAAGGAGGUGAAGAAGGAGACUGGAUUGGGACUCUCUUUUAAGAAGGAAGAGAAUUUUGGAGAGUGGUACUCAGAUGUGGUUGUCAGUGGUGAGAUGAUUGAGUAUUAUGAUAUCUCCGGCUGUUAUAUUUUGAGGCCAUGGACAAUGUCAAUUUGGGAGGUCAUGCAAACUUUCUUUGAUGCGGAAAUCAAGAAAAUGAAAAUUAAGAACUGUUACUUCCCCCUUUUUGUUUCAUCUAGUGUAUUGGAAAAGGAGAAGGACCACAUAGAGGGAUUUGCUCCAGAGGUUGCUUGGGUGACAAAAUCUGGGAAAUCUGACUUGGAAAUUCCUAUAGCAAUUCGCCCAACUAGUGAGACAGUUAUGUAUCCUUACUAUUCUAAGUGGGUACGGGGACAUCGUGAUUUGCCUUUGAAACUGAACCAGUGGUGCAAUGUUGUUCGAUGGGAGUUCAGCAAUCCUACUCCAUUUAUUAGGAGCCGUGAAUUCCUUUGGCAAGAAGGGCAUACAGUAUUUGCUACAAAGGAAGAAGCAGAUGAAGAGGUCCUUCAAAUAUUGGAUCUAUACAGGCGUAUAUAUGAAGAAUUCUUGGCAGUUCCUGUUGUAAAAGGCAGGAAAAGUGAGAGGGAAAAGUUUGCUGGAGGACUUUACACAACUAGUGUUGAGGCAUUUAUCCCUAACACUGGACGGGGUAUCCAAGGCGCAACGUCUCAUUGUUUGGGUCAAAACUUUGCAAAAAUGUUUGAAAUAAAUUUUGAAAAUGAAAAAGGAGAAAAGGGUAUGGUCUGGCAGAACUCUUGGGCCUAUAGUACUCGAACGAUAGGGGUGAUGGUGAUGGUUCAUGGAGAUGACAAAGGCUUAGUGCUGCCACCUAAAGUGGCAUCUGUUCAAGUUGUUGUGAUUCCUGUGCCCUACAAAGAUGCCGAUACUCAAGGCAUUUUUGAUGCUUGUACUGAAACUGUGGAUGCCUUAUGCGAGGCUGGCAUUCGUGCCGAAAGUGACUUCAGAGACAAUUACUCUCCCGGUUGGAAGUACUCUCAUUGGGAGAUGAAAGGUGUACCCCUGAGGAUUGAAAUAGGGCCAAAAGAUUUGGCAAAUAAUCAGGUACGUACUGUCCGUCGUGACAGUGGAGUAAAAAAAGAUAUAAGCAGGACAAAUGUGGUUGAGCAAAUCAGAGAGAUACUAGAUGAGAUUCAACAAAGUCUUUUUGAUGCUGCUAAGCAAAAGCGUGAUGCUUCCAUUCAAGUUAUAAGGACUUGGGAUGAAUUCACAGAGGCUUUAAGCCAGAAGAAAAUGAUCCUGGCUCCUUGGUGUGAUGAGGAGGAAGUGGAAGAAGGUGUAAAACAGCGAACCAAGGGUGAGAUAGGAGCAGCUAAGAGCCUUUGUACUCCAUUUGACCAGCCAGAGCUCCCUGAAGGCACAUUAUGUUUUGCAUCUGGAAAGCCAGCAAAGAAAUGGACUUACUGGGGCAGAAGUUAUUAAAACAGUAUUCACUUAAAGGCUGGUAGAGAAAGGGGCAUAUUGGGAGCAGAAGUCCCUAGAUUUUAUUUAUUUUAAUUUUCCCCGCAGGUCAUUUUGCGAGCACUGAAAUAGGCAUACUUGAUGUUUAAUGGUUGGGAGGUGCUAAUCUUAGAAUUGUAAUUUUGGCCAGACUGCUGCUAUUUCUUGAAUUGAAAUGUUUGUGCAAAUUUCGCUUGGUUAAUUUUUCAUAUACAACAAUACUUCCAGUUA